AGUGUGCAGCUCAGCGUUUAUGCACUUAAACGCAGUAAAGAAAGAACGAAGCCUGAAAUAAGAAAAGGUGAACGUCUGUGGCGCAGGACAGAACUCAACUCCCAGCGAUCCACUAUUUUCCACUUGAAUGGUAUUGGAAAUCAGAUUUGGCAUGCACCAAGAGGAGCAGCUAAUGGCACACGUUCUCUUGUUACCGGUCAAAGUAUAAACGUGUCCUACUUCCUCCCAUUUUCUUUCGUUUCUACGGAUGACAUCAUGGACCUCCAAGGUCUAAGUGUGCCACUGAUGGACUCCAGCACUCUGGAUAUAAUGUCUCUAACACACUCUGUCAUUUAGAGGUGAUUUUAAUGUGUCUGUUUGAAUCCACCGCUAGAAGUCCCGGUUUUCGGGGUAAACCUUGACUCAACAUGCAGGGGAGGCCCGGGCAGGCCCAUCACCAGGAGCUAGGAUGCCUAUCACCCAAGAAAAUGCCCUUAGCCAUCUCUCGCUGCUAAAGAACUGGCUUGGGGCUCAAGAGAAAGAUCAGAACGAAACGGAUGAGACUCCGAAGAGCGCAGACAAUGGGUUUCUGUGCCAGGCUGCCAUCCGCAAGCUUGUGGAUUACAUCCAGCUAAACUUUGCUGAAGUUGAAAGCCCGCUAUUCAGAGAAGAAAUAGAUUUUGAGGUGAAGGCGGUCUGCCUGCACAAGCGUGAUGGAGAUGGGUUAGAGUUUGGGGUCAGCUUUGGAAAUAUUCCCAUUUUUGGAGACCCUGAAGGGAGGAAGAAAGGGGUCCGGAGGAGGCGGAGGAAGGGCGACAAGGGUCCUGUAUUGGAUGUUGGGUGUAUUUGGGUGACUGAAGUGAAAAAGAACAGCCCAGCAGCCCGUUGUGGAUAUAUUAAACUGCGAGAUGAACUGUUGUCACUUAACGGUCAGCUGAUGGUCGGAGUGGAUGUCACUGGAGCCAGUUAUUUGGCGGACCAGUGCUGGAAUGGAGGCUGCAUCUACCUGAUCAUGUUGCGAAGAAUCAAACGCAAAGCUCCUCUUCCUCCAUGCAAUGGCAACAGCGGGGGAAACUGUGUGGACGGGUCAACCGAGCACCGAAGUAACGUCUCUUCUGAGACUACAAGUAGUCCCACACAGAACGGCAAACGGACUCGCAAAUUUGGCGUCAUUUCCCGCUCCUCGUUCACUUGCGACAGCAAUGACAGGAAAGAUAGCCGGGACUGUGAGCAUGAGAAUGGCUAUAGCUCUAUGGAGGCGGAGGUGACGUCGCCUGAGACUAGCACACCUCUGGACACGCCAACCGAUGAUUGUCCAUUCAUCAGUCCUUCAGAGGUGAUACCCAAUCACAUGAGGGUGGGGAGCACAGCCACCCUACCCAGUCGAUCACAUGCCUCACGCCUCUCUGAAAGCUACAAGAACGAUUCAAUAAGCAGUGAACCUUCUUGUCAGCCCCAUGAGGGCAGUCGGAUCUGGAAGAUGCACAUGGUGAAGGGUCAGGACGGACUGGGUAUCCAGAUCACUGGCGGUCGCGGGUCUAAACGCUCUCCUCACGGAAUCAUCGUGGCCCACGUGGAAGAGGGAGGAGCUGCACAGAGAGAUGGGCGUCUGAAGGCAGGCGAUGAGUUGCUGAUGAUAAACGGUCACUCACUGGUUGGGCUUUCACACCAGGAGGCUGUAGCCAUCCUCCGCUCUACCGCUGGAUUGGUUCAGUUGGUGGUAGCCAGCAGGGAUGAAUCCGAAGUGGACUUCCACAAGUACCCGUCCACCAGCCUGCCCGACCUAGUAAGCACGUGCUCCGGUCCGGACGCCUUGCCCUCCCCCGGGGAGGAGAAGGAGAACAUGGAACCGGACGUGGAGGACGUGAGGGCCAGCAGCCUUUCGCUGCCCACCCAGGACUUGUUUACAGAUCUUGACAGGCUGGAGGAUCGUUGCAGGUUUGAGGGUCCCAAGGGAUGUUGUCGUAGCCCCACACCUAUGAAGUUCCGCAGCAGAUCCCAAGGUGGAGGGAGCCGCCUGGAGUCUGUUGGUGAAGACGAUGAGCUUAUCGUGGAAAACGGUGAUACAGGAAGUGACAUGGCAGGAAAGCCAGCACGAGGAGGACGCAAACACUCUCUUCCCCAGCAACUUGACACAGUCGGCAUCCGACAGGAAUAUCAAAUCGUGAAGAAAUCGGCACGUUCCCUGAGCACUGUUCAAGUGGAGUCUCCAUGGCGACUGGCACAGCCAUCUAUAAUCUCUAACAUUGUUCUGAUGAAAGGACAGGGCAAGGGUCUCGGGUUCAGUAUUGUUGGAGGACAGGAUUCAGCUCGUGGGAGGAUGGGUAUAUUUGUCAAGACCAUUUUCUCCAAUGGAGCAGCUGCAGCUGAUGGGAGGCUGAAAGAAGGCGAUGAGAUAUUGGAGGUGAAUGGAGAGUCUCUGCAAGGCCUCACGCACCAGCAGGCCAUUCAGACGUUUAAGCAAUUAAAGAAGGGAGUCGUGACCCUAACUGUUCGGACCCGUCUGAGAAGUCCCAGUCUUACGCCCUGUCCCACGCCCACACUGCUCAGCAGAUCCAGCUCUCCAAACUCAAAUGCUAGCGGUGGAACACCAGUCCCUGCAGGUUUUGAAGAUGGGGAUUCUCGUAGGGGGCCCGGUCCCAAAGAUCGCAUUAUCAUGGAGGUUACAUUAAACAAAGAGCCAGGUGUGGGGCUGGGUAUUGGUGCCUGCUGUUUAACACUGGAAAACAGUGCUCCUGGGAUCUACAUUCACAGCUUGGCGCCAGGAUCCGUUGCCAAAAUGGAUGGCAGACUCAGUCGAGGUGACCAGCUCCUGGAGGUGGAUUCGGUGAGCCUGAGACAUGCAGCUUUGAGUGAAGCUUACGCUAUACUGAGUGAAUGUGGACCCGGCCCGGUCAGCCUCAUCAUUAGCCGACAUCCCAACCCUAAAGUGUCUGAACAAGAGAUGGAUGAAGUGAUCGCUCGCUCCACUCACAGAGAGAGUCAUUCUUCUCACACACUAGGUCUGCCGUUUAAAAGUCCAUCUCCCAGUGUUAAGUCCAGACAUGGUGAAGGAAACCCUGCGCUCAGCUGGACCAUGAAGAGGUUUCUAGAGCCAGCCAGCAGACAAGGCUCAUUAAGUUCAGAGGCAGAGCUCUCUCAGUAUUUCUCAGUUCAUGAUGUACCCAGCCAGUCUUCUCUCUCUGAGACCAUGGCGAUGGGAUCCAGUGAUGACGACAUGCUUCACAGCAGCAGAAGCUGUAAUACUUCUAUUGAGGAAGCAGCAGCACCUCAGCCACAUGUUCAUCGAGAUGCUUCUUAUAGAGGUUCAGACAGUAGCCCCACAACCCCAGACUGCUGUAAAGCCCCUCCUGGAGCUGGUCGUGCCGCCGACCCACCCCAUCAAGCCAGCGUGGGAAGCAGCCCCAGUUCUGUACGCAGCCCCCUUCUCCGCCAGCGCCGGGUCAUCUGCUAUGAAGAUGAACCCAGUGACGACGAGACCGGCCUUGAAGAAGACAACGGCCCCUUCAGUCGUCUUCUCCAUGGUGUCUCUGAGUUCGGCCGCCACCACCAGGAAGAAGACUCGGGUAUUGUAGUAGCCACCUCAUCGCUUGAGGUCGAUGAUGAAAGCCAGGAUAGCAGCGAAAGCCACAGGCAAAUCGGCAGCGAACCAGCUUCUCUGCUCUACGGCAGCUCGCUAGAAUCUGAGGAAGGAUCCAGUGGGCCACCUGGGGCUGAAUCUCCCUUCAUGCCCAUUCACUGUAUGGAGCACAACACUGGGCCAGCUGGUGGAACCAACCUGGGUGUGAAAAAAGAGCCUCAUAGAGAAGGACAGGAGUUUAAACGCUCACCCAAGUUGGAGCACAAAGCUGUGACUCGUGUAAAGAGCAUGAUGAGCAUUGAGUGUCCCAACCCUCCACAAAGGGUCAAGGGUGAAGAGCCACCCUCAGUCCCAACAACCCCUGCCCAGGGUACGCAGAACAGCACACGGCCGCCUUGUAGACUGCUACACUGUAAGAAGGGGGAAUCCAGUGACCUAUCUGGGGUCUGCACCAUUGAGACCAUAGUGCUCCAGCGUGGAGAAAGGGAGUCUUUUGGUCUGGAUCUGGAGAUAAAGUCUGCUCCGCUCAGGGUGUUGAUCACAGGACUGAGACCGGGAGGUGUUGCAGAGCGAGACGCCUCAGGGAAGAUGAGUGUUGGUGACGAGAUCGUAACGAUUGGUGACACCCCUGUGUGUACAUCCACCUAUCAGGACAUCUGUGACCUCAUGCAUAACCUGCCAAUCACAUUGACCUUAGAAAUUAAGAAGCCAGUCUCGGCUGUAGAUCGACUUUCCAGCUUAAUCAUGUCUUCUGGCUGUGAGGGCUCAUCCAAAUCUGAGGCACCUAGACCUCCCCCAGAAGACAACAACAGUAUGGACAAAAAUGAGGAGACCCCUCCAUCAGAAACAAAUGCAAAACAGACAGUAAUCUACAGCAACAGUGUGCCUGUCACAAACAUUGAUGAUGUCAUAACUGAACUGAACUCAGCUGAAACGAAUGAAAAGGACCAAAAUGUCUCAGGAUUCCCAGACACAAGUGCAAAUACAGCAGUGGUGAAGGAAAAGACUUCAACAGCUGCACCAUCACAUCCAAACCAUCUGGAUUUAUCUGCGUUAAAUGUGGGAAACAACGUUUGCCAUUUUCCACCAGGAAAGACAUUUUUAAAUGGUUACUCCAGAAACCUUAGUAAAAUCGCAGAUGACAUUGACUCUGUGGGGAAAGAACAUGGAGAGAAACCAGGUAUGUACAGUCUGUUGGAGGAUAGUGACUCUGAGAGCGACUCUGCUACUGACAGUGCUGUCAAAGUGGAGAAGACUCAAGGUCACCGUGAAGAUCCACAGGACACUGAUGAGGAAGAGAUUGAGCUCUGUUUUGCAAUCGGCCAAUCAGGGGGCCAUUCUCUUCCACACAGAAACAUCAUUACAGAUGAACAGACACUCAUCAGUACUGAUCUCCACAACCCCCCUUCGCUUCCCAAGCUGGAUAAGGAUUCACAGGGAAACAGUGAUUCCAUUUCAGGUGAUGCACCUUUAAAUGGAGAUACCAGACACAUUCCUGUCGCAGUGAUGUGUGCAUCAACAGUGUCCUCAAACUGCAAAGCUGAUGAAAAAUGUGAAACUACUCCAGAACCCGUCAAACUCUGCCAGACACCAACAGGUGUCAGUUGUCCUCAAAGCAACCGCCAUGUCACCCCCAGGAGUCAGGAGAGGACGGCUAAGCUGCGCUCGGCUGCAUCCCUCUCCACAGAGAAACCCAACACUGUGCAUGUGCCUCUGAGGUCAACCGUGUCGGAGCCCAAGGCUUCAAAUAAGACCAAUGGCAAAUCUAGUGAGCAGGUCUCCACCACACAAGCUACAAGAGACAAAGAGAAAGUUAUACCUGACUCUAAAUCAUCACUUUCCCAAACCCAGAAUAAAUCCACCAGGCCUUUGGGAACUAAAUCCUCUAAUGACAACCCUGCCUCUCCCCUGCUGAGAAACAAGCUCAAACCUGAUGAUAAAAAGUCAAGCACGACUUCUAAACUCAAGGGUCUGAGUAUUAAGAGUAAAUGCAAAGAGCAAGAAAAGUCAUUCACAAGAUCGCCCAAGAUGGAAAGUCCAGCACAGAGGAAAGCCCUCAACUCGCCAAGUCAGUCUCCUAAACUUCAUCUCGGAAGAACCACACCGACAGGUAGUCCAAAAUCGGGCAGAACGUCUGAGAAGAUUAAGGAUUCUUGUCAAAUGGACCCAAGUCAACCAAAUACAUCCAGUGCCUUGAAGGCAAAUCCCAUUGUCAACAACAAACUUUCUAAACCUACCAAGGAGGAACUGAUCUCAGAUCAAAAGGAGCAAAUCUCCAAACUUGAGGCUACUGUCAAUACCACACAAAGAUCUUUCAUCUAGGUAAGACUUUCAUCCUCUUCCUUCCCACCUUCUUCAUCACCUUCCACACCUGUCCUGACACACAAGGAAGUCAUGCAUGCAAGCCAACCAAGUUCAGCCAAUCAAUUCGAGUGUGAGGAAUCUAAUUUAGGAGUACAAACAGUGGCAUUAGGCUCAACCAAUUCUUCAUGUAAUCCUCUGCAGCAAAAUGGUCCUAUUAUUACAAAUGAAACUGCUGAGAGGGUGUACUGCAAUGGUCUGGAGGAAACCUCCCUCAGAAACUCAAAUAAAGAUGCUUCAUCUACUCUCAAAGCAAGCACGUCCAAACUGUAUCUAAGAGGACUUGAACGUAGAAGCUACUCUAUAGACGCUAAAGACCCAAAUCCAUUCUCAGUUCGACAAAGAAUCCAGUCCUUUGAGAAUCUGGCCAGCUUUGAUGGUUCUGUCGUGAGGUGCAUAGACGUCCCGUGUUACGCCGUUAACUCCAAGCCACCUCUCAAUCGGAGGCUGUCUGGUUACACUGUAAGCGCUCAGUCCAAUGAUAGCCAUUCAUUGAGGAGGAGUCUUAGUUCCUGUGUGGACAAUUUGAACUCGGCUCCAUCUCCAUUGCAUCAGCAACAAAAUUCUUCCGCUGGUUCAUUUAUCACCAACUCUGAAUCGGCUCCUUCAAACGGAACCACAGAGCCGGUUAUAAAGGAGAUGGGAAGAAAUGGCACCUCUCAGAACCAACCCACAGUACAUACACCACCGGUGCUGCGUUCCCGCAAUGCCCGUGCCCAUGGAGGACUGUCACGCUCGAAACUAAGAGAGAUUAGAGCGUUAAGCAUGCCUGAACUUGACAAGCUAUGUACAGAGGACUUUUCCAGUGAUUCUGGAAAGGUGAUCUUUAAGACCGAGCUGGAGAUCCACCCUCGCAGGUCCGCAGAACCAACGUCACACAAGCCACAGUGCACCGUAGUGACUAGGGUGAGCGGUGCGGCUCUUGGUUCGACCAGCAAUGGGGAGCAACAUGAAAGCCAGGCGACGGGUCUCUCAUGCUGGUCUAUAAGUUUAAAAGAUCUUAAAUCCUCUCCCUUGGACCAAAACAAGGUGCAAGAUGUUCUGUGUUCCCUCACAACUAAAGUGGAUGUGACGACUCUCACACAGGACACAGAUGCUCUCUCUGAGGUUAAAGAAGACGUAUACUUUGUUAUUUUAACCAAAGAGGGUGGAUCUGGAUUGGGUUUCAGCAUCGCUGGAGGAGUAGAUCUGGAACAGAAAUCUAUCACUGUCCAUCGGGUGUUUACUCGAGGGGUGGCAGGAGUAGAAGGUACCAUUCACCGAGGCGAUUGUGUUCUGUCAAUAAACGGGACCGGCUUGAGUGGGAUGACGCACGGAGAGGCGCUGUCCUGCCUUCAUCAGACCAGACUGCCGAGACAGGCAUUAGUGGUCAUUCAGAAGGGCAAAGACACUGAACCAAUAUCACCUAGACCCGAACAUCCUCUUCAGACUCGAGUCUGCACAACUCCUGCCCAUAGAGACAGUUUCAGAGAGAAUAAAGCCAGUGUGGAGGUGGGGUCCGAUGGGGCUUUGAGUGUUGAAAUACCGAAGACUGCUGCUGGUCUAGGGUUCAGUCUAGACGGAGGUAAAGCUUCGGCCCAUGGAGAUCGACCUCUUUACAUCAAACGUGUUUUCCGUGGAGGAGCUGCCGAGCAGUCCCGGGUUAUUGAUGUUGGAGAUGAACUUUUAGCCAUCAACGGCAGGUCUUUGCAGGGCCUCAUGCACUAUGACGCCUGGAACAUCAUUAAAACAGUCUCUGAGGGCCCCGUCCAGUUAGUCAUUAAAAAACCCAGGACUUCUGUAUGACAUUUGCAUGUAUGUGAAGGUGCCAAACUGUGGUAGGCAUUUAUUGUACAUAUUAUAUUUUGCAUAGCUUUUUGCAACUUCUUUAUGAUGAAUUUGUUGCACAUUGAUUUUGUACAAAUCAAGGCUUCUGCAGCUUUGCAGUGGGCUUAUAUGCGGGGUUAUAGUAUUUUUAAUGUCCUUAUUUUAAACUUUGUCCUUUUUGAAAACUAUUAAAACAUAAUUGUAAAAAGUAUAAAUGAUAUGUUAAUAACUGCAUCCUUGUAUAAUUUAAUUUAAUUUGUGACAAUUGUUUUACAUGCCUGCCGUACUGUCUCUGGUUAUAAGGUGAUAAUGCAAACCACUACAGAGUGUCUUCACUCUGCCCGAUCUGAUAGAAUAGAGAUUAGUUAUUUUUAUCUAAAUCUUUGUGAAUAAGGUUUUUUUUACCUGAUUAUGUUUUUCUUUGAUCUGGUUUGGAUUUGGAUCUUGUCUCUGUAAUCAAAAUAUGUGUUUUUAAUGUUCCUUUAAUUUAUUAUUUAAUCAUAAAGCUGCAAUCUAUGACUUUUUGGGUUUAAAAUAUACAAAACAUUUUAAUAAUGAUUUUAUUAGAAGUUCAGCUAGUUAACCUUAACUUUGACACAUGUAAAGAUAAGUACAUAACAUAACAUGCAGUUUUAUGCUUUAGGCAGAGAUGGUGCAAUGGGGUUUAAGAAAUGUGAAGUGUGUAAUUUUAUUCCAAUUUAUUCCAAUUGACAUGUCAGCCACUCAGACAUACAAAGCCACAUUGUUUACACUCACUUUAUCUUUAAAUACUUGAACACUAUCGGAUUAUUAGCAUUUAAAAUACAUGUUCACAUAUGGGGUAUGCAUUGACGUCACUUUCUCAUGUAAACAUGUCUGAAUACGCACCCAUUGAGUGGCAAAACAUUCAGCAAAAUGGCUGGUUGAAACAACGACAGCUGUUAAAAUCCCAGUGUAAAUAAUUAUUAGCUUAAAUAAAAUUUAGUUGGACUUGACAGUAACUUGCCAAAUAGUGUUCAGUGGACGUUGGUAUGCGACAUUACUUUUCCCGGCAUGAACAUACCUUAUUUCGACGCCUUAUUCUGAAUUCUUGUUGAACCUGUUUGCACAACUGAUUGCAUAACAACUUUUCACCAUUUUAGAUGCGUUUUCGUGGAUUUCACUCUGUACACUAAUAUCGUCGCUUAAUCUUUUUGCCACUCAGUAGGCGGAACGGCAGUCUCUCCAGCUGAUGGUGACGUCACGGGCAUUCCCUUUAUUAAACAAGCAUUGUCACCAUAUAUUAGCAGUUUUUUUAUUUGAAAAUGUACAUUUCUGCAUUUCAUAAGGUUUGGUUGACCAUAUUUUUUCAGCUGUGAAUCAAUCGUCAUGUUUACUCACAUCGGAGACUUUAAAGUGAGUCCUCUCCCUGAUAGGAUAUACUGUAUCAUUGCUGUUGUUAUAUUGUUCUUGAGUUGUCUUCUGUAAAUAUUGCAUUUCCAACUGAAAUGGCUGUAAUUUAAUUGAGCUCAGUAUUAAGCACAAGUGUGUAUAUGAAAUAAGCAAUCAUGAGUAUUUCUAUAGUCUUUCAGACUUUCUGCUAUUGUGAAUAAAGACAUCGAAUAUUUUGUACUUGAGAUUCAGUUUAUGCAUAGGAGCUACUAGUAUUACAAGUAUUAUGAAAAAGGUUAUUUUUUAUUGUGUUAUUUUAUAAAAUAUAUACAUUAUAUUGGUCUGUUUUCCUCUUUAACAUAUCACAUAUUAAUCAUAUAACAAAAUUGCUUUAGGUAACUGUACUAUUGUUGUUGGACAGGUCAAAUAUGUUAAUAUUAAUAUUUCCCCAAGGCACAAAGAAUAAACAUUAAAGGGACAUUUAAAGUAAGGUUUUUGCAUUCAAAUAUCUAUAAAAACUCGGUGUUAAGGGCCGUUCACAUUAUAACGGUAACUGUGACUACUAUAUUUGCGUCCACACCAGCGGACGAUAGUGAUAAGGUUAUGUUUAUUUUAAGCCUGCGCGCUGCAGUGUUCCCAGUCACUAAAGUGAAUGUAGAUGACCUGCUGCUGAUGCUUUUGUUUUCAUUCCUUUCUCCAAAAUAGGACAGCAAAGGCUGGAUGCUCUCUCUGAAUUCUGAAGGUGCGCUCGUGUCCGGGAUGUAAAGCAUAUAUUUUGCCAGCUUGCUUAGACUCAUUAACGUUUAAUAUCCUGCCGUAAACACACCGCUUUCCAACCACCACAGUCUUUAAUCCAGACAUAAAACACGCAUUGCGAUCACCAAUAGUCAAACGUUAUCAGCCAGAAACUGUCAGUAUGUUUUAUCGUUCAUCAGCUGGAAAAAAUCGUUCUGAAAGUGAUCCCAACGAUAUUGUUCUCUUUAUCGUUAUAGUUAUGGUGUGAACCCCUCUAUUCUCCUGAAUUAAGAACGAUUUUUAAAGCCGAAAAUAGCAAAAAGGUCGUGUGAUAUGAUGAAGCAGCAACCAGCGCAGAGAGAGCGACGCGCGCGUUUUAUUAAUGCAGCAACAUGUCGGCAGUGUGUGGAGCAUUUUUAAGUGUCGGGAAAAGACACAGCACGAAACUUGCCUCGGCGGAGUAAAUUUCUAAAUAAAAGCGUCUUUACCGGUCGGUAACUUGUGUACUUCAGACUGGAGCGGGCGGUCUGACUCUGAUAGACGCUUUUCCUGUUAGUAAACAUUGUGACGCGUUUUUAUGGGUGGAGCUUAGCUGGAGGCAGAAAGAUCCCUCUGACCACAUUACUAAUGCUAGUGGGCUCUCACUAAAUCCUUAGUGUUUCGAGUCUGACGCAACCGUGUUUUUAGGCAAUUUUAACAAUUAUGGGUAGUUUAGGUGGUUAGAGUAAGAUUAGGGUUAGGGUAAAGGUUUCGUAAGACUUGGAACACCAAGGAUUUAGUCAAAACCAACAAGCCACGCCCACGGAUCUGACUCGAAACACCAAGGAUUUAGUGAGAGCCAAUGCUAUAGGGAGCUAUGAGAGGCCAUUCAAGACAUUAUUCAAACUUUACUCGUGCACACACUGUCAAACUCUCUCUCAUACACUACACAUAGGGAGCACGUUUUGUUUGCUUGCUUGCUUUUUGAGAAUGAGUCGAAAACAAUCUGAUUAAACUUUAACAUGUCACUCACUGUCUAGGACCGCAAUUGUUUUUUAAAAAAAAGUUGACUUUAACGCAAGGAAUCUGGCCGACCUGUAUGCGCUCGCUCAAUGGAUCCAGAGACGAACUGACAUGAUUACCUCCAGUUAAGUAGCUGACAUCUACACAUACCAGACAGAAAAACCAAGUGUUUAUAGUAAAGAUUGAACUGAGAGCGUAUAGAUGCCUGCGUGUGCUAACAGUGGCAAACGUUAGCAAAUGCAUUUACUUGAACACAAACCUGACACAUAACAUGAGCCUUCUCACUGUUCCCUCUCCCUUUAUAUUAAUGCACUUGUGACAACUAAAAAUAGAUGACAAACAGUUUCUUUUAUGUUUAGUUUCUGGGCGAUAGUUAACUGCUAGUUGUAUAACUAACAAAGUUAGCGAGCAUACCCUAUGCAUUCAAAAGUUAACGCUAUGUGAAAAAUAACAUUCCCCCGUUUAUGAUUUAGGCAUACGUGAGAUAUUUUUAGACACAUACCAACAAAAGACAGUAGUUUUUUAAUCUUAGGUUACUCUUACGAAGUUAAACGUGCAUGUUUAAUGAUCGUUUCUGUUCAGUCCGCUCGUUUUAUUGUGUUUAGCUACAGCUGUCGUCGGUGUUUUUGUUUGACAAAGGCAGGGGGGGUGUUAAAAUAUCAAAUUGGAGACUGUAUUCUGUCGAUUAUGGCACUAAACAACACAACAAGAUGAUAUUUUAAACUCCUUAUGUAGCCGAAACUGUGCUGGUUUGUAUUGGCCGCCUCCAGUUUUCCGUUUGUUUUGCCUCCAGCUAGUGCCGUGACGUAAGCGUGACGUCGGCGAGAAAUUGGGGUCUAUAGUGGCCCCGCCGCUCGCGACAUCGUUUGACGUCAUACAGUUUUCGCGUGCACACAGUUCCCUGUACUAAACAACUUGUCAAAGUAUGUUCUGUGCAUCCCGGACACGAGUGCACAUUAACAGUCAGCUUUUAAGGGCGGAGUUGCAUGGAUGUUUUUUUUUCUUUAAAUCAUUUUGUAGUGUAGCCUAUAAUAACCCAACAGUUUUCGCUUAUUCAUAUUUUUAGCUUAUAAUGUUAUGUUGCAUGACACUUUUUAAUAAAGGGGGCUUGUUUACCAUUUUGGGGGCCCUAAGCAAAGUCAAGACCCGAGGCCCCCCACACAUUGCCUAACAUUUUUGUUUGAAUUGCACAGCAGUAUUGAGUACUGUACAUGGAAUUAAUGAGACAUAUAUACAUACAAAUAUAAACUGGGUUUAUUUUACGUUGAACCACAUAACAGCACAA